UUCAAGCUCAAAAGUUAUCUGGACUUCGAGAUCCUCUAUCAGUUUAUAGAUGAUUUGUGAAUUGUGUAAAACGACCUACACUUUAUACUUUCCAAAUACCUUGCACCACAGCUUCUCUGAGAUCAACACGUCUCUUUACCAUGGCUUCUUUUGCCAUCCUUCCUUUUCUCAUCCUUCCCCUUCAAUUCGAUUUAUCCAUGGCUAUAGUAACUCCGACCUCAUCACUGACCACUGAUGGAAAUACGUGGCUUUCACCAUCAGGGGAUUUUGCUUUUGGUUUCCGUCAACUGGGCAAUUCAAACUUUUUCUUGCUCGCCAUUUGGUUCGACAUGAUUCCAGAUAGGACCAUUGUUUGGCAUGCCAAUGGAAACAACCCACUUCCAAGAGGAUCAAAAGUUGAGCUGACAUCUAGCAAUCUUGUGUUGACGAAUCCUACAGGUCUAAUAAUAUGGCAGGCAAAUCCAGCUACCCCUGCAAUCUCUGCUGCCAUGCUUGACACCGGGAACUUUGUGCUUAAAGGUAACGAUUCUAGCACUUACAUUUGGGAGACUUUCAAGAAUCCUACAGACACUAUCUUGCCAACCCAAACAUUGGAUUUGGGCAGCAAGCUGUUUUCUAGAUUAACAGAAACCAACUACUCAAAGGGAAGGUUUGAGCUCAACUUCUCGAAUGGCAGUCUCGAGCUCAAUCCUAUUGCUUGGCCUAGUGAAUUUCAAUAUGAUCAUUAUUAUAGCAGUCAUACAUAUAAUGCAGAUCCUUAUGAGUCUGGCUAUCAGUUGGUUUUCAAUGAAUCGGCAAACGUUUACAUAGUUAAACUGAAUGGAGAAAUUGCUCAGUUUCCUGACUGGAAUCGUGUAAAUUAUACUGGUGAUAACUAUUACCGAGCAACUUUGGGAUUUGAUGGUGUCUUCACUCAAUAUUCUCUUCCAAAGAAUUCUACAAAUAACCAAGGUUGUUGCCAGACUGUCCUCCAGUGCACGGCUAUAUUUAAUGAUAUUGGUAGUGGUCCUUGUGGUUUCAAUAGCUACUGCUCAAUUCAAGAAAAUAGGAAGCCCACUUGUGACUGUCCUCCUGGAUAUGUUUUCCUGGAUCCAAACAACAGACUUGGCGGAUGCAAACCAACUUUUCCACAAGGGUGUGGGCUAGAUGAUGGACGGGGAGACCCAGAAGAGUUAUACGAAAUUAGGCAGUUCGAUAAUGUAGAUUGGCCAUUGAAUGAUUACGAAAGGUUAUCACCAUACAAUCAGACGCAAUGUGAAAAGUCUUGCUUAUAUGAUUGUUCAUGUGCUGUUGCCAUUUUUGAUGGUCGUCAAUGUUGGAAGAAGAGGCUGCCUCUCUCCAAUGGAAGAUACAAGAGGGCGGGUUUUUCAAAGAUUCUCUUCAAAGUAAGGAAAGAAGUUCCUCCUUCUGGUUAUUGCAACGUUGGCAGUGAUAAAGAGAAACCGGUUCUACUAGGUGCCCUUCUGGGUAGUUCUGCAUUUCUCAACGUGAUUUUUCUGGUUGUUACUUUUCUAAUUCUGUUCAGAAGGAGCGAGAGAAAAGUGAAGAAGGCAGGGCCAGAUUCAAGCAUUUAUAAUUCAACUUUGCGUUCCUUCACUUACAAGGAACUUGAAGAAGCAACUGAUGGAUUUAUGGAAGAGCUUGGCAGGGGUUCCUUUGGCAUAGUCUAUAAAGGCUUCAUGAGAUCAAGUUCAGGAAACGCCAUUGCGGUCAAGAAGUUGGACAAGUUGGCUCAAGAAAGGGAGAGGGAAUUCAGGACUGAAGUGAGUGCAAUUGGGAAGACUCAUCACAAGAAUCUAGUCCGGUUGCUUGGAUACUGUGAUGAAGGGUCUCAUCGGCUUUUGAUCUACGAUUUCAUGAGCAAUGGCACUUUAGCAAACUUUCUCUUUACACUUCCAAGACCUGAUUGGCAUCAGAGAGUCAAGAUCGCAUUGGGGGUUGCAAGAGGGCUUCUCUACUUGCAUGAGGAAUGUGAGUUCCCAAUCAUCCACUGUGAUAUUAAGCCUCAAAACAUACUUCUAGAUGACUCUUUCUCUGCAAGAAUAUCUGACUUCGGAUUGGCAAAACUGUUACUCUCAAAUCAAACACGUACUCGUACGAUGAUCAGAGGAACACGAGGCUAUGUGGCCCCUGAAUGGUUCAAGAAUGUGCCUGUAACUGCUAAAGUGGAUGUCUACAGUUUUGGUGUGCUGUUACUAGAGAUCAUUUGCUGCAGAAGGAGCGUCGUAAUGGACCUUGAAGAAGGAGAAGAAGAAAGAGCAAUACUUACAGACUGGGCUUAUGAUUGCUAUAUCGGAGGGAGAAUUUAUCAUUUGGUGGAUGACGACAAGGUGGCAAUGGAUGACAAAGAGAGGCUGAAAAGGUGGGUAGAGGUAUCAAUGUGGUGUAUUCAAGAAGAACCUUCAAAGAGACCUUCAAUGAAGAUGGUCCUGGAAAUGUUAGAAGGUUUUUUAGAUGUUCCUUCGCUACAAUCUCCUUUUCCCCUCAGCUCAAGUGCUGAACUGAUCAGAAUCUAAGUCAAUGGCCCGUCCAUUUCUUUCUUACUUAUCAUGUGAAAAUUUCUGAUGUAAAAGGCAAUACUGCCAUUAUAUUGUUACAAUUAACAAUGUUGUCACUAUAUGAACACUAUUUUUCAAACGAGAAUUAGCUAUUGUUAAUUAUAUUUCAUAGAUCAUGCUGGGAUUAUGAAUAUUUGUGUGC